CUGAUAUUGUCAACCAUUCUGGUGAUAUGUCAUGGAGUCCAGGGGAGGAGAUGUUGAGAGAGUCCUCUGAGGAGGAACCAGAAGAGCUGGAAUCUCUCAGUGACCCAAAUGCUGUUGACAAGUUCAUUGUUUGCCAGAGGCAGUUGCUGUCCUUGUUCACAGUUUGCCCUGCAUGCUGUGGGGAAACCCAGGGACGCAUAAUGCACCCGGAAGGAACUUUCAUAAAAGUCAAGCAGGCCUGCGGAACUUGUGGCUAUGAGCGUUACUGGCAAAACCAAGAGAAGGUGCAUCGAAACAUGCCUGCCUGCAACCUUUUACUCAGCGGUGCCAUCCACUUCUCAGGUUGCAUGGCUACUCAGACAAUCAGGAUGCUGAAGCUGUUUGGACUGCAGUGCAUAAGUCCCGGCACUUUUUUCCGCCAUCAGCGCUAUUACACUAUCCCUACCAUCGUGCAGGCCUGGAGGAAUGAGCAGAGUGGGAUCAUCAGGGAGUUGAAGGAGACUGGGGGUGGAUUGAUCCUGUCUGGUGACUGCAGAUCAGAUUCUCCUGGACACUGUGCCAAGUAUGGUAGCUACUCCUUGAUUGAGGAUCGAAUUAACAAAGUUUUGGAUGUUCAGCUUGUCCAAAGCUCAGAAGUCCCAAGCAGCUCUUGGUGUGAGCUAGAGGGUCUAAAGCGGAGUAUGCAGUUCCUGAUGGACCAAGACAUGCAAGUGUCUGCUCUGAUAACAGACAGAAAUCGGCAGGUGGCCAAGUGGGUACGUGAGAAAAUGUGUUCAGAAGGAACAAAGCAUUUCUUUGACGUCUGGCAUAUUGGGAAAAGUGUACAGAAAGCACUGGAUGCUGCUGCAAAAGAGAGGGACUGUGAGGAUCUGAAGCUGUGGAGGCCUGCCAUUAUCAACCAUCUCUACUGGACCGCAGCUUCCACCCCUACAGGAGAUCCAGAUGAGAUGCAGGCAAAAUGGCAGAGUAUGAUAAAUCAUGUACAGGACAUACAUGAACACAGCUCUCCAGCAUUUCCCAGCUGCGCACAUCCACCGUUGGAAGGAGAGGCAAGAAACAAGGAGUGGCUGGAACCAGGAUCACCAGCAGCCACUAAACUGGAGAGUGUAGCUGCCAGGAAAGCACUGGUAAAGGAUAUUCGACAAUUGUCACCUCAGCAUCAGACAUUCUCCCUGGAGGCCUACCAUUCCCUUAUUCUGCACUUUGCUCCCAAACACACUGGCUUUUCUUUUCUUGGGAUGUACAGCAGACUUCUCUUGGCAGCCCUACAUUUCAAUAGUAAUGGCAACAGAGAUGUAGCGCGUACUAGUGAGGGUGAGGUACGCUACGCUGUUCGCUACCCACGGUUUCGGAAAGGUGGCUGGGUAGUCCACCCCAUCAAGGAGAAACCAUCUUACGGAUACGCAACAAAUCUUAUGGUCUCUCUGGUAGAGGAAUACUGCAAGUCACCACAGGCCCUACAAGAAAGCAGUGCCGUCUUGUCCUCUGCUGCACCGCCCCCCCUCACCUCUUCCGUCCAGAAGGUUGCCAAGGAUGAGGCAGUCAGCCUCCAUCUCGCACGACACUCACGUUUUAACAUGUAAUAAAAGAUCAAUUGUACCAGUACAGUUUGUUUCACUAUGUAUUUAUUAAUCGUCUUCCAAGCGGGGCCACUGGAAACCUUUGUAUGUUUGUCCCUCCUCUGCAAACUGCCUCCUUAUUGCUGACACAACACAUGAAGGUAUGGCUUUCCUAAUGUUCCUGCCUAUUAUUCCGUACGCCCAGCGGACAACCUGCCUGUAUGCUGUGUAUCGGAACUGCCUGUGGUGUAGAUUGGGACAUAAUUACAUUUUGAUCAUACCAUGUUUUCAUAGUAAACAAUUCCAAUGGUAAAUAUUGCAUGUCCUGUUGGCUGAUAUUCUACUGUACUACACAACACCAAAGUUGUUUUUAUAGGAAGUAUAUGGAAACCACUGAGUUUAAAAACCUGCUUAACAGGAUUUACUAUUUUGGUGUAGAAAAGCUGUUUCUUUGAAUUGCAGUGUGAAAUAAUUUUUGCUCAAA